AGAGGAAGCUGCACGAUGGGGAUCUCCACGGUCAUCUUCGAAAUAUGUCUUUUAUGGGGUUCAAUUCUUUGUACAGUUUCUCCCUCAAGGUAUGCCACAUCUGGUUGGCCGAAUCUAGACCCAACAUUUAAUGGUUUACCUCUGAGGCUUGUGAAUGGCGAUCACCGGUGUCAGGGCCGGGUGGAGGUCCUGUACCAAGGCUACUGGGGCACCGUGUGUGAUGACAGCUGGGAUACCCAGGAUGCAGAUGUCGUCUGUCGGCAGCUCGGCUGUGGCCAUUCUGUGUCAGCACCUGGAGGGGCCCGCUUUGGUCAGGGCUCAGGGGACAUUCUCAUGGGAGCUGUGUACUGCUCAGGGCAGGAACCCUACCUGUCCAGCUGUCAGCAUGAUGGGUGGUACAACCAUGACUGUGGCCACAGGGAAGACGCUGGAGUCGUGUGUUCAGAUGUUAUCUAUGAAGAAACUACGACAGUACCCACAGAAGAGGCGACCACUGCAGAGCCCUACACCACUCCAGAGCCUACUACCACUGCAGAGUCAACCUUCCCAGUGUCUCAUAUACCAACAGGAUCAGUUCCUGGUUUGGCUCUGAGGCUGGUGAAUGGAGGAGACAGGUGUCAGGGCCGCGUGGAGAUCCUUUACCAGGGUUCCUGGGGCACCGUGUGUGACGAUAGCUGGGACAUCAAUGAUGCCAACGUGGUGUGCAGGCAGCUGGGCUGUGGCUGGGCCGUGUCUGCCCCACAAAAUGCCUUGUUUGGACAGGGCUCAGGGCCCAUUGUCCUGGAUGAUGUGGCCUGUACAGGAUAUGAGUACAAUCUGUGGAGCUGCUCCCACCGAGGCUGGCUUUCCCAUAACUGUGGACACCAGGAGGAUGCUGGAGUCAUCUGCUCAGAUGCUGUCACUGCGUCAACACCCCAGCCUGACAUAUGGCAUACUACUACCCCAGAUACUACAACAGGUUGGCCCCAAACAACUAUUAUCUAUGAUUGGUUCGAUACAACACCUUUCCCUGAUUGGUGGACAACAACUCCUUACAAUGUAGACUAUACCUGUGGAGGUUACCUGACUGGACACUAUGGGAACUUUUCAAGUCCCUUCUACCCUGGGAAUUACCCUAACAAUGCCAGAUGUGUGUGGAACAUUUUGGUCCCAUCCAAUAACCGUGUGACCUUGAACUUCAGAGAUUUGCAGCUUGAAGGAGGCUGCAGCUAUGACUACAUCCUGCUUUAUGAUGGUCCUGUAUACAAUUCUUCUCUCAUUGCUCGGGUUUGUGAUGGGGCCAAUGGAACUUUCACCUCGACAUGGAACUUCAUGUCCGUAGUCUUCAUCACUGAUGGCAGUGUCACCAUGAGAGGGUUCCAGGCUAACUAUUAUGCUACCUAUGUCCCUCACACCCCUGUUCCAACGCCAUUCCCAGUCACUCCAGUAGACUAUACCUGUGGAGGUUACCUGACUGGACACUAUGGGAACUUUUCAAGUCCCUUCUACCCUGGGAAUUACCCUAACAAUGCCAGAUGUGUGUGGAACAUUUUGGUCCCAUCCAAUAACCGUGUGACCUUGAACUUCAGAGAUUUGCAGCUUGAAGGAGGCUGCAGCUUUGACUACAUCCUGCUUUAUGAUGGUCCUGUAUACAAUUCUUCUCUCAUUGCUCGGGUUUGUGAUGGGGCCAAUGGAACUUUCACCUCGACAUGGAACUUCAUGUCCGUAGUCUUCAUCACUGAUGGCAGUGUCACCAUGAGAGGGUUCCAGGCUAACUAUUAUGCUACCUAUGUCCCUCACACCCCUGUUCCAACGCCAUUCCCAGUCACUCCAGUAGACUAUACCUGUGGAGGUUACCUGACUGGACACUAUGGGAACUUUUCAAGUCCCUUCUACCCUGGGAAUUACCCUAACAAUGCCAGAUGUGUGUGGAACAUUUUGGUCCCAUCCAAUAACCGUGUGACCUUGAACUUCAGAGAUUUGCAGCUUGAAGGAGGCUGCAGCUAUGACUACAUCCUGCUUUAUGAUGGUCCUGUAUACAAUUCUUCUCUCAUUGCUCGGGUUUGUGAUGGGGCCAAUGGAACUUUCACCUCGACAUGGAACUUCAUGUCCGUAGUCUUCAUCACUGAUGGCAGUGUCACCAUGAGAGGGUUCCAGGCUAACUAUUAUGCUACCUAUGUCCCUCACACCCCUGUUCCAACGCCAUUCCCAGUCACUCCAGAUUGGUGGACAACAACUCCUUACAAUGUAAGCUAUACCUGCGGAGGUUUCCUGACCCAACCCUUUGGGAACUUUUCCAGUCCAUUCUACCCCGGGAAUUAUCCUAACAAUGCCAGAUGUGUGUGGAACAUUGAGGCCCCAAACAACUACCGUGUGAUCUUGAACUUCAGAGACGUGCAGCUUGAAGGGGGCUGCAGCUUUGAUUAUAUUGAGAUUUUUGAUGGCCCACACCGCAGUUCUCCUCUCAUUGCUCGGGUUUGUGAUGGGGCCAGAGGCUCCUUCACUUCAACAUCCAACUUCAUGUCAGUUCGCUUCAUCAGUGAUCACAUCAUUACUCGAAGGGGGUUCCAAGCUGAGUACUACACGGACUUUGCCAGUAACAUCACCAGUCUCCUUUGUUUGUCAAAUCACAUGCAAGCUAGUGUGAGCAGGAGCUACCUUCAGUCCAUGGGCUAUUCUGCCAGUGAUCUUGGCAUUCCUGGCUGGAAUGCCAGCUACCGGUGCCGGCCACAGAUAACGCAGAGGCAGGUCAUAUUCACAAUUCCCUACACAGGCUGUGGCACUACCAAACAGGCUGACAAAGAGACCAUCAACUACUCCAACUUCCUCAAAGCAGCUGUUUCGAAUGGCAUCAUCAAAAGGAAAAAGGACCUCCACAUUCAUGUGAGCUGCAAGAUGCUUCAGAACACCUGGGUCAACACCAUAUACAUCACCAAUGACACUGUCGAGAUCCAAGAAGUCCAGUACGGCAACUUCGAUGUGAACAUCUCCUUUUAUUCAUCCUCCUCCUUCUUGUAUCCAGUGACCAGCAGCCCAUACUAUGUGGAUCUGGACCAGAACUUGUACCUUCAGGCUGAAAUCCUCCAUUCUGAUGCUUCUUUGGCCUUGUUUGUGGACACCUGUGUGGCUUCACCGUACCCCAAUGACUUCUCAUCUUUGACAUAUGAUCUUAUCCGGAGCGGAUGCAUAAGAGAUGAAACUUACCAACUCUACUCCUCGCCAUCACCACGCAUCGCCCGCUUCAAAUUCAGUUCCUUCCACUUCCUGAACCGCUUCCCAUCAGUGUAUCUGCAGUGUAAACUGGUGGUGUGCAAAGCAUACGAUGCUUCUUCCCGGUGCAACAGAGGCUGUGUGGUGAGGUCCAAGAGGGAUGUAGGCUCCUACCAAGAAAAGGUGGACGUUGUCCUGGGACCCAUCCAGUUGCAAUCCACCAGCAAAGACAAGAGGAGCCUGGACUUGGCAGUGAAGGACGAGGAGAAGCCAGCUAGUGCCCAGGCAGUCUAUCCUACUGCUGCCAUCUUUGGUGGAAUCUUCCUGGCCAUGGUCCUAGCUGUGGCAGCCUUCACACUGGGAAGAAGGACACGCGUUGCGCGUGGCCAGCCUCCAAGCACUAAGAUGUGAAGCAGAGCCUAUACAGACACUGGCUCCUUGUCCACAGAUUCCCAGAAAGGAUGGAAGAUGUGAGCGUGUGAUGCUUAGCAACCGGAUACACCGUGGCUGGGUUUCCCUUAGCGCAGAUGCAUGGCAGAGUAUAAGACAGCCGAUAAGAAAGGUGGGGCCAAGUUCCCCCAGCAUCUGCAGCUGAAGGCUGGGAAGACUGUCAUUGGAAAAUGCGACCACUGUCUACAACCUCACACACCUGUGAGACAAACGCUGGAGCAGCAGUGAUUUCUUUCGCUUGUCCCCCUUUCCACUUUUUGUAGUUGACUUUCUUGACCUGUAGUGUCAAUCUUUGUCUGUCCUCACAGUGAGGCAAACUAAAUAAAGACUUGUUCUCAAGGCAA